AUGGCGAAAACAUGUAAUGAAUAUGUUUAUGAUUCUGAUGCACCACCUCCUGCCCCUCCGAAGCCAAAAAGAAAGAGAGGCAAGAAAAAUGCCACAACAGUGCCAUCUAGUAUUUCUGAACCACCACAGGAACAACCAUCACAUGCUGACCCAUUUGCUACACCAACUAGAGCCAUCACUUCUGUUCCUACAACAAGCCCUGUGACAAGGAGUAUGUCAAGGAGGUUGUUGGAAUAUGAAGCAUCUACACCGACUAGAGCCAUUGCCUCUAUUUCGACAGCAAGCCCUCUCACAAGAAGUCGUAAGAGGAUUCUAGAACUUGAAGGCAAUAUAGAACCUGUUCAAUGUCUUGCUCUAUCUCCAAAUCCUGCCCAUGAGAAGGGAAAGCCAAAGAAGUUGAAGGUUGUCAGAUCCAAGAAAGCUUAG